CGAAAGUUGCCUUUUAUGGCUCGAGCUGCCGCGGCGCCGCCCUAUAAAACCCGGCGACGCGACGCACAGCCACAGCCGAGACCGCGUCCACUCCGCGAGCACAGGCCCCUCGCCCUCGCCGCUCCUCCGUCGCCGCCGCCGGUUUACACCGCUCUCAGUUCGCCAUGGAUGAUGAUAUUGCUGCGCUCGUGGUCGACAACGGCUCCGGCAUGUGCAAGGCCGGCUUCGCAGGCGACGAUGCCCCACGGGCCGUCUUCCCUUCCAUCGUGGGGCGCCCCCGGCACCAGGGCGUGAUGGUGGGUAUGGGCCAGAAGGACUCCUACGUGGGCGAUGAGGCCCAGAGCAAGAGGGGCAUCCUGACCCUGAAGUACCCCAUCGAGCACGGUAUUGUCACCAACUGGGACGACAUGGAGAAGAUCUGGCAUCACACUUUCUACAAUGAGCUGCGUGUGGCCCCCGAGGAGCACCCAGUGCUGCUGACCGAGGCCCCCCUGAACCCCAAGGCCAACCGUGAGAAGAUGACCCAGAUCAUGUUCGAGACCUUCAACACCCCGGCCAUGUACGUGGCCAUCCAGGCCGUGCUGUCCCUGUACGCCUCUGGCCGCACCACCGGCAUCGUGAUGGACUCCGGGGACGGGGUCACCCACACUGUGCCCAUCUACGAGGGGUACGCCCUGCCCCACGCCAUCCUGCGUCUGGACCUGGCUGGCCGGGACCUGACGGACUACCUCAUGAAGAUCCUCACGGAGCGCGGCUACAGCUUCACCACCACCGCCGAGCGGGAAAUUGUGCGUGACAUCAAGGAGAAGCUCUGCUACGUGGCCUUGGACUUCGAGCAGGAGAUGGCCACCGCCGCGUCCUCGUCCUCCCUGGAGAAGAGCUACGAGCUGCCCGACGGGCAGGUGAUCACCAUCGGCAACGAGCGGUUCCGCUGCCCCGAGGCGCUCUUCCAGCCUUCCUUCCUGGGCAUGGAAUCCUGUGGUAUCCACGAAACUACCUUCAACUCCAUCAUGAAGUGCGACGUCGACAUCCGCAAGGACCUCUACGCCAACACGGUGCUGUCUGGGGGGACCACCAUGUACCCCGGCAUCGCUGACCGGAUGCAGAAGGAGAUCACCGCCCUGGCGCCCAGCACGAUGAAGAUCAAGAUCAUCGCACCCCCUGAGCGCAAGUACUCCGUGUGGAUCGGUGGCUCCAUCCUGGCCUCGCUGUCCACCUUCCAGCAGAUGUGGAUCAGCAAGCAGGAGUAUGACGAGUCCGGCCCCUCCAUCGUCCACCGCAAAUGCUUCUAGGCGGACUGUUACUUUAGUUGCGUUACACCCUCUCUUGACAAAACCUAACUUGCGCAGAAAACAGAUGAGAUUGGCAUGGCUUUAUUUGUUUUUCGGUUUUUUUUUUUUGGGUUUUUAAAAAUUUUUUUUUGUUUUUGGAUUUUGUUUUUCGGUUUUGUUUUUUGUUUUGUUUUUUUUUUUUUGUUUUGUUUUUUUUUUUUUGGCGCUUGACUCAGGAUUUAAAAACUGGAACGGCGAAGGUGACAGCAGCUGGUUGGAGCGAGCACCCCCACAGUUCUACGGUGUGGCCGAGGACCUUGACUGUACAUUGUUCUUUUUUUUUUUUAAUAGUCAUUCCAAAUACCGUGAGAUGCAUUGUUACAGGAAGUCCCUUGCCUUCCCAAAAGCCACCCCAUUUCUCCCUGAGGAGAAGGGCCAGUCCUCGCCCAAGUCCACACAGGCGAGGGUGAUAACAUUGCUUUGGUGUAAAUUAUGUAGUCCAAAUUUUUUUUAAUCUUCGCCUUAAUACUUGUUCUUUUUGUUUUAUUUCGAAUGGUCUGCCAUCGUGGUCCCCCUUUUUUGUCCCCCCCCCCCAAUUUCAGAUGUAUGAAGGCUUUUGGUCUCCCUGGGAGUGGGGUUGAGGCACAGGCAGCCAGGGCUUCCCUGUACACUGACUUGAGACCAGAUCAAUAAAGUGCACACCUUAAAGAGA